UCGAAAACGAAAAGAAAAAAAGAGAGAAAAAGGUAAGGAAAAAAAAAAAAAAAGAAACCCUAGGGAGGAAUAAAGGGUUCGAUACCCACUUCUCCUUCCCCAUCGCGCCCAUGGCGUACGAUCCAAAAGACGACGUCGAUAGGCUCUUCGCGUGCUUCAAGUGCGGAAUCUCCCCUCCUCAGUCCGCAUUGAAAGAACGAAGGACGCGAGACGAGAAUUUGAAGAAACCGGCGCAGCCGAGCACGUCGAAAUCAUAUGCGAUGGAUUCUCCAGCGACAGAGAAGCUUGGUGCAUCGACUUCAGCUGCAAUCAAAUUUAGAAGUGGCAAACAGAUAACUCCAAUUGUGUUUUAUGGAUCCCCACAAGGAGCUCCUGUUAAAAGGCCAUCUCGCCUAUUACGAUUAUUGCAUGAAAUCCGAAUUGAUCUCAGAGAACAGAAUGAGUUGAUCAGGGAGAGGGUUUGGGCUACUUUCCCCAGACAAGAAGAGGCAAUGAGAUUUAGUAAAGCACAUGCACAAAGUAAAGUAUUUAGUUAUCAAGAUUAUUUGACCGGUCAAAGAAGAUUUCUUGUGUCUACAUAUGAUGAGUUCUGGGGAAGGUACAAAAAUAUGGAUUGCAAAUUUCGCCACCACUACGAAGUCAUUCAAGACGGUUCACCUUGCCACUUAUAUUUUGAUCUAGAAUUUGACAAGAAAGUCAACAAUGAUAAAAAUGUAAAUGAAAUGGUAGAUACAUUGAUUUCUAUCACUUUUAAUGCCUUGUCUGACAAAUACUCUAUCCAAGGAAGUCAAGAGUGGAUCAUAGAGCUUGACUCGUCUACCAGGGAAAAAUUCUCUCGCCAUUUGAUCGUCCGCAUACCCAAAACUGCAUUUAAGGACAACUCACAUGUGGGUGCAUUUGUUUCUGAGGUAUGUUCACAAAUUGCUUGUGCCCGUGGAACUGCUCCAAAAUUUGAUGAAUUGUAUAUUAGAAAAGAUGGCAGCAGUGCUGAUAAAGCUGAUCAUCUUUUUCUGGACAAUGCUGUCUAUUCUCGAAAUCGCUGUUUUCGUCUGGUGUUUUCUUCAAAGGCUGGAAAAAGCUCUUUCCUUCUGCCCACUGAACGUUUCAAAUGCAAAAAUAUGAAUGAAAAGCAAGUCUUCAUGGAUUCACUUAUCUGCAAAGUAGAUGAUGAUUGCGAUAAACUUCUGAUAUGCAAACUGGAUUUGGAUUGCAAGAAAACUUUGUGUUUUGAUUCUGAGGUGAAAGAGGAAAGAUCAUAUGUUUCAUUUGAUGCUCAUAGAAGUGAUCUUUGCAGUCACACGUACUUCUCAGGGAAAUCUCCAUUUCCAGCUUUGGAUGCAUUUGUGGAGUGUAUAGGCUCUGUCGGAAAUGUUUCAGGAAAAAUUCGUUGCUGGUACUGGUUUUCAGAAUAUGGCUUGAUGGUUUACAGCAUGUCUAGUGGUAGAUAUUGCGAGCGGAUUGGAAGAGAACACAAAAGCAAUCAUAUAAUGUACAUUGUCGACUUCCAAAGAGCCGGUUAUUACCAAAAAUGUUACGACCCAGAUUGUCGAGGUUACCGAUCUCCGUUGCGCCCCUUACCAUAUGAUGUGAUUCCCGAUUCUAUGGCAAUUUUUAAUUCAACUCAGACAGAAAAUUAUAGUGAGGUUGUGGACAUCAAUUUUGCUGUUCAACUUGAUGGUGAUCACAACCAAUUAGUUAUUGAGAGCUGCACGAAAGACUACAGCUGGUGGGAAGAAGCUGUCAAAUUUGCCGACUGUAUGGAGGUGGAAGAUACAUCCCGGAUGUGCAAUUUGGUUGAAAAUAAUGAUGAAGAAGAUUGUGAAUGGUGGGCAGAUGCAGAAAAGUUUGCAUCACAAGUUGAAGGACAAGUUUGAUUGACCAAAACGGUGAGCAUACAAAUGUAUUUAACCAUAAAAUGGGAUUAGUAUGUCUACUUCACUGCAGUUUUAACCUUGUUAUUACCAAAAGGAACUGGCUUAUGUAGUUGGUAAUAGCAUAUGAACUCUUUUUGAGGCCAGUUGAGAUUAUCUUUGAGGUUCCGUGAUCUCAUCAGCUACAUUGGUGUUUGAAGGAAACACAGAACAAUACGGACCGUUAAAAGAUCUUUGAGCUAUUUACAGUCCCUCGAAUCGCUCGGUCUGCCUGUUCUACACAGUUUGCGGAUAUAGUGGGACUAGGAAGGAUUGGAGUGUAUGUAAACAUGUAAUUGUAAUCCCUACUCGGUUGCAGCAUCGGAGAAACCUAGAACUGUAUCACACUAUAAUAAAUGCUUGGUUUGUUGUAAAGGAAAAGUAACUGAGAGAAUUGUUCCAAGGGAAUAUAUAUUUGGAAAAGAACGUAGUAUCUUGAU